UAUUUUUGCAUUUCGUGUCAAACCCAUACAAUCUCAAACACAAUAUCAUGAUUAUGGCAAAAAAAUGUUGCUUUUGUUUAUCAUUGCAAAUGGGAUGCAUCAUAAUUUUCUUAGUUGGAGUAUUUGCUUCGGUUAUGCAUAUUGACUACGUUUAUUCCCUACUAAAUAGAGAUGACUGGGGCAAUCACAAAUAUUCAGGAAAACUACUGGUAAACUACGUGCAAAUGACUCCAUACAUUUUUACCUUCGUGGCUUCUUUUUUAAUAUUUUUUUUCGUUCUAUCGCAAAACUGUUGCCUAUUUUGGGCAACGUUGGUCUUUCAAGCCAUCGAUGCGGUUUUCCUUUUAACUUUUAGCGUUAUCACAACGUCAUUGGGUAUCAAUAUAGUUAUCAGUCGAGGAGUUACACAUGCUAUUAUCUAUUGGUUAUAUGUAUUUAUAUGGCUCGCUUUAAUAGUAUACUUUAUGAUUAUAAAUUAUUCGUAUUAUAGACAAAUUAAGGAAAAACGAACUGAAAACGCUGCGGUCUGAGUCUUUGGAACUCAUUCUUUGGAAAACUUUUGAAAAAAUCUAUCCAACUAUCACUGAAUAAAGAAUUUACAAAUUCUAAUUCCAUUCUUAAAAUUGUUUGUUCUUAUUUGUAAUAUUUUAUACUUUUCGGGGUUUAAGGUAUCAAUAAAAUUGGUAAAGAAGCGCUUGGAAUUCUGUUCUAUUUGUGUUUUCAAAAUAAUAAAAAUAUAUAUUCGUUUUUAUCUACUGUAUAAAAUAGAAUUAAAAUAAAAAGUGUUUUUUUAACCCCACUCAAAAUAUUUCUUAAAAGUAUACUGCGGGAAAUAUUUCAAAAAUGUAGAAAGACUUCCCAAAAUUUUAUGAAUGAAUCCAUUAAUGUUAAAUUUUGUUUUAGUUCUGGUCCUACAUACAUUAUGGGUUUGGUGUGAAGAUACUACUAUGGCCAUGGAAGCUGUAAUUCCAUUUCCUGUCUGUGGAAACUGCAAAGAAGUGAGAAA